AUGUCGCUCGCCCACUGCCGAUCAGCGCCUGCCGUUGUCUCUUUACGUUCCUUUCUCAGAUCGCUGAAACUCCACUCAGAGUAGCCUGCAGCCCCAGCCACCAAACUCGUGUUUAUUUUAACUUUACAAUCUACGCGUUAAGUCACAUGUGUGCGCGCAAAUACGCUCUCCGGCGCACCAAAUAGCCGACAGUGACUCAUAUACCUGCGGUCGGAACUUGAGAUAUGAUAAUAAGCAAAAUGGGAGGAAAGUCGUCGCUAGCUCACUGAAGUUGGAGGUUCUCCUUGUGGAAGAGGAAGAGGUGGCGGACACCACGAGUUCACUCUCAUAAUAAAGAGUGAGCCCAGCCCUUCUACGUACCUCCUCCCUCUCGGUGGACUAAGAUGAGUAUAACCAGUGACGAAGUGAACUUCUUGGUCUACAGAUACCUCCAAGAAUCAGGUUUCUCCCACUCAGCAUUCACCUUUGGCAUCGAGAGCCACAUCAGCCAGUCCAACAUCAAUGGAACACUAGUGCCCCCUGCUGCCCUCAUCUCCAUCCUGCAGAAAGGGCUCCAGUAUGUGGAGGCAGAGAUCAGCAUCAACGAGGAUGGUACAGUGUUUGAUGGUCGGCCGAUCGAGUCGCUGUCCCUCAUUGACGCGGUGAUGCCAGACGUGGUGCAGACGCGGCAGCAGGCCUUCCGGGACAAGUUAGCCCAGCAGCAGGCGGCCUGUGCCAUGGCUGCAUCAGCCUCCGGCAACCAAGCCAACGCACCAAAGAACGGAGAAGCCACCGUGAACGGGGAGGAGAACGGCACUCACAACAUGAAUAACCACAGCGAGCCCAUGGAGAUGGAUGUUGAUGUGGAAAUACCAGCCAGUAAGGCCACGGUGCUCCGAGGGCACGAAUCUGAAGUGUUCAUCUGUGCCUGGAAUCCAGUCAGCGACCUGCUGGCCUCAGGCUCAGGCGACUCCACAGCCAGGAUCUGGAACCUAAACGAAAAUAGCAACUCCAAUUCCACCCAGCUGGUGCUGCGCCACUGUAUCCGCGAGGGCGGCCAGGACGUCCCCAGCAACAAAGAUGUCACGUCACUAGACUGGAAUAGCGAUGGGACUCUCCUAGCAACGGGGUCAUAUGAUGGAUUUGCCAGGAUAUGGACCAAGGAUGGAAAUCUGGCAAGCACCUUGGGGCAGCACAAAGGGCCAAUAUUUGCACUGAAGUGGAACAAGAAGGGGAACUCUAUUCUCAGUGCUGGCGUUGAUAAGACGACAAUCAUUUGGGAUGCACACACAGGAGAGGCCAAGCAGCAGUUUCCCUUUCACUCAGCUCCAGCACUGGAUGUCGACUGGCAGAACAACACCACCUUUGCCUCCUGCAGUACAGACAUGUGCAUCCAUGUAUGUCGACUCGGCAGCGAUCGGCCUCUCAAGACCUUUCAGGGCCACACGAAUGAAGUUAAUGCCAUCAAAUGGGAUCCAUCGGGCAUGCUGCUUGCCUCCUGUUCAGAUGACAUGACCUUAAAGAUUUGGAGUAUGAAGCAGGACUCCUGUGUCCACGAUCUCCAGGCUCACAGUAAAGAGAUCUACACCAUCAAGUGGAGCCCCACCGGUCCCGGCACCAGCAACCCUAACUCUAACAUCAUGCUUGCCAGCGCCUCGUUUGACUCGACGGUGCGGCUGUGGGAUGUGGAGCGCGGUGUGUGUAUUCACACGCUGACCAAGCACCAGGAGCCUGUUUACAGCGUGGCCUUCAGCCCCGACGGCAAGCACCUGGCGAGCGGCUCUUUUGACAAGUGCGUUCACAUCUGGAACACCAUGACUGGAGCCUUGGUGCACAGCUACAGGGGAACUGGCGGGAUUUUUGAGGUGUGCUGGAACAGCACCGGGGAUAAAGUUGGUGCGAGUGCAUCAGACGGCUCGGUAUGUGUUCUUGACCUCCGAAAAUAGCUGGUUGAGACUUCGAACAUGAAAUCUGGAAUGUGCAGCAAAUUGCCUUGUUCUGACAUCAGCAAACCACCCUCUCAUUGCUCAAGAAGGGCUGUAAGGUGGAGCGGAACAAAACCCUCACAGGACAAAAAACCAUGCGACUGCAGCAGCCUCCAAGAAACCAAAAUCCGACUAAAUCCAAGCCUCAGUUUGUGGAUGUGUGUUUUAUAAUACACACACCUACUCCAGACCACAAUGGAAGUCUGCUCAGAAAAUCCCCAAGACUGGACUAAAUCCAACUCCCUUGGUGCAUCCAUGUUCUAACAAGGUUUCUAAUGAGGAAGUGCUGUGAUCUGUCCAGGCCACUGGCCCGCCUGUUAUCUGGUGAAGGGUGGAAACACACACGAGUUUGUACAUAGAGAAAGGUGUGAAUGAAACACACUAGUGUUUGGCUGUGAUAGGCAACAAGUGAUGAAAGAAAGGUUGUGUUUUUUAGAAUUCCUCUGAGCAAAAGUUACUUCAUGUCCGAAUGAACAAAUUGGGGACAUGAUGAAAGUAACAUUAUUAGUGAAGCACUGGCAUUCUCUGUUGACAGGGUGCUUAACUUCUCCUCAGUGGAGAAUAGUUUGUUUCAAGAGUACUUCUUGCUGAUUUUUUUUUUUUUUUUUUUUUUUUUCACAAAUGAACUUUUGAAAGUCAAAAUUAAACGUGCCGCUACAAGGUAGUUCUUAGCUCAUAUUUGUUAACAUCAAGGUCAACGAAAGAAAUACUGCCAAGAACUAACCUCCAAAAAUGAGCAGUUCAAUUCACGUAGGGGACUAGGGGACGCAACUUUGUGGACAUGUCUACAUGAUGUGAAAACCGUGGUUUAUAAAGAGAAUUUUUCCCUUUUUGGAUGUAAAUUUAUUGAAUGUAAAGAUAUGUAAAUUAGAUGAAUACACAGACUUAUAUACUGUGUAUAUAUGUUUAUAUACAGUACACUUUAAUGCCAUCAUGUAGGGGCUCAUUACUGGCUAGAGCUCUCACAUCUUUGCUGAUAUUCCGUUACGAGACCUUUUUCAAAUCCUGUGCAUGUCAGACCAGUUUCUUUUGUCACAGUGUAUGUUCAGCUUGGCCAAUCGUAUACAGUACAUCAAGUUAGUUUGUCCAGUGAGUCACGGGUGGCAUUGAGACAAAUGAGGUUAACAGCUUUUUUCCCCCUGUUCCUCUGUUGAUUGUUGUUCCACUGAAAGCCCUGGAAGAGAUCUGCUCCUUGUUACUUGAGCACAGAGGCUUUAUCUGGUGAACAGGCUAAAAAUGGAAAGGAACAGUCAUCAUAGUCCACUUGGCUUGUUGCUUUAAUGUCACAUUUUAUGUGGAACGGGUCUUCACAGAUCCUGUCAAACCAUACAAGUGAGGGCAUCAUGCAGACCUGCUGGGGCCGAGGGGGAAGGAGAAAACUACAACAUGAGCUAGCAUUACAAUGGUUUCCAUGUGGCACUUUCCCUCAAUCAGUCUACUGAAAAUUCAGCGCACAUUAUGACGAGGAAGUGGUUGGUCAUGCAAAAGUCCUGCUGUUUCUAAAAAAAAAAAAAAAAAAAAAAAAAAAAAGGCUAUUAUUGG